AUGAUUAGAAAUAAUACUACAAGCCUGACGUCUUCCGUUAUUUCAAGGCACAUACUCCGUACCAUUGAAGAUGAUCAUGGAUUAAAAGUCAAGAACAUACUAAGUUUCGUUAAAGAGAACUUGAAGGUUGAUGUGUCUUACAAAAAAGUCUGGUAUGCCAGACGUAAAACAAUUGAGCUUGUGUUUGGAUCUUGGGAACAGAAUUUUGCCGAACUACCACAAUAUCUCGAUGCCAUGUCUCAAUCCAAUCCAGGCACCGUGGUGGAGUGGUCGCAUCAUUCGGAUAGUUCGGAUCGAGUUAAGACUUUUAAGUAUGUAUUCUGGGCCUUUGGACCGGCUAUUGAAACAUUCCACAUGUGCAGGCCGGUUAUAUGUGUUGAUGGCACUCAUUUGCGUGGCGAAUACAAAGGCAAACUCCUUGUUGCAGUCACGCAAGAUGCGAACAACAAGGUUCUGCCACUUGCUUAUGCCAUAGUUGAUGAGGAGACGAUUUUCAGUUGGUCGUGGUUCAUGGAACAAUUAAGACAUAAUGUGGCACUUGAUCGACAUCUUAUCUGUGUCAUUUUCGAUCGCCACAAUGGUAUCAUUUAUACCAUGACACACUUUGACUAUUGGGUCGAACCUUUGGCCUACCAUAGGUUUUACCUGCGACAUGUUAGGAGUAAUUUGAUGACACACUUCAAAGGUUUACACCUUAGAAAGUUGUGUUGGGUAAUGGGAAGGGCAAGACAAUUGCGCAAGUGGCGGACGUUCAGAAGAGAGUUACGAAGCAUGUUUCCAGAUGCUUGGAAUUAUCUGUCUGCCAUUAGUCCAGAAAAGUGGUGCCUAACACACGACGAUGGCCACCGUUGGGGUAUUCUAACUACCAACAUAUCCGAAAGUUAUAAUAAUGUCUUGCGCGGGGCACGCCAUUUGCCAAUUCGUGCAUGCAUUGACAUGACAUUCCAUCGGACGGUUGCGUUAUUCCAGAAUCGAAGGGAAGAUGCCUCACACUGUCGCAAUCCUUUUCCCUCAAAAAUAUGGCGUCGUUUUAGGAAUGCUGAGAAGAAGAUAGGCGCCCAGAGAGUCAUUGAGUUCGAUGGUCCAUCGGGCGUAUACAAGGUUAUCACAGGGCGGCGUGUCGAUGGUAAAGGAGGCAAUACGCAAACCGUCAGGUUUUUUGAUAAGGCAUGCUCUUGUGGUAAGUGGCAGCAUUACAGGCUUCCUUGUUCACACGCUUUGGCGGUGUGCAGGAAUAGAGGUGACAAUCCGGGGUUGCUUGUGGAUCCGCAAUUUACCACCACGAGGUGGGCUGUGCAGUAUUCAGGGAAGUUUAAUCCACUGCCGCAUCAAGAUACUUGGCUCCAUCCUGGAUGGGAGUUGCAGGGAGACAGAAGCAAGUUUGUUGCACGUCGGGCAGGGCGGGUUCGAGCUAGCAGAAUUCGGAAUGAGAUGGAUGAGAGGGAUCCAGACGAACCAAGAAGAUGUCGAAAUUGUCAUCAGACGGGUCACAAUAGGAGAAAUUGUCCGAAUUAUAGGUCUUGA